AUGGCGCCAAACUCACAAUUUACAUCCGAAUCAACACCAUUGCCUUUACCAAUCCAAUCACAACUACCGCUUCCAGAGGACUCAAGACCCGCAGCCACAUCCUCCCAAUCAACCCCUCACGCAAACGACGAACUCGACUCGGGAAUUGAUCGCGCCGUAGCGAGACUCAACCGAAUCGCCAUUCUGUCCAAGCAAAGCAUUCUUGACGCCUGGAACAAACUUCUUCUCGCCUAUUCAUCCAAGAUCAAUCGACUUACCACGCUAAACGCUCGUCUUGAGACUGAACCAUUCCCCCUGUGGCUGAAGCGCACCAUCCCCCAAUCAACGUUGAGCCUGGUCCUCGCAUCUGUUUACCAGAACCAUUGGGACGUUCACGUUAAUACGAAGCGCAACGAGGCCGCGUACCGCCUCAAGGCAGUCACCCAUCUGCAUCUCGAUUCACACUGGGAUCUUUACCUUUUUUUCGGCCCUGCUGCUGUCGCUUCUCGUGCGUGCUGGUUAAAGCUUCCCCCGCACAUCGACGCCCGCAGGCUAUUUCAUCGACUUGUGACCAUCCGCGGUCUUGGUUCGAGCUACCUUGACCAGUUCUUUUCAGUUCCAGAAUUUACGGCCGCAAAGAAAAUUGGCCCUGCAGGUGCCGCCACUCCCUCAGCGAUUCCCGGCAACACAUCCUCACGCAACAUGGAGAAAGCCACUACGGCAUCCUCGCGAUUGGUCACGCGAUCAAAUAAGCGAAAUACGACUCUUCCUGGUAGCGGUGGACUGACGAGGUCGGGCUCAAGCAACAAUCUUCAAGGCAACCCCGGUUCUACCGAUAUGCCCAACCACGAAUUCGAUGACAGCGCGAUCGGCGACAUUGACAAUUCGGAAACGGAUUCGAGGGAGGGUUCGGGUGUCGAUUUGAACCCCGAUAUGGCUCGCCCCAGCGUUGCUGCGAAAUCUGCCCACUCCACCCAGAAUGCCCUCAACCGCGAAACGAGUGGUCAGGCCCAACCAACGGCAUCGUCGCACGAUGGUCUUGAGAAUGCAGGUGCAACCGCAGAAACUUUGCAGUGUGUCUUGAACGACAUCAAAGAUGAAGGCCGCUUCCGGAAAAUCCACGAUCAGAUCAAGGUCGAUGCCACGUACACGACAGUCGCCCGUAAGGACAAGACAGAGUCGGAGAGCAGCAUCGUCCAGCUGCGCGAGAAGACCCUUGCUCGUCUACGCGCUAUCGAGGAGCAGACUGACGGCUGCGUUGAUGAUGAGGAGGACUAG